AUGUCUAGAACUCUUGAAAAAUUUUCAAUAAAAGUUGACUUUCCUGUAUACUGUGCAGGAUUUACUCCUUCGGGAGAAGUCUUGCUCGGUGGGGGUGGUGGACCUGGUAACACCGGUGUAAAUAAUAAGUUGGUUUUAUUCAAAUGUAAGUUAUCAGAAAAAACUCUUGAACAAGUUGUCGAAGUAAUAUUAAAUAAAGAAGAAGACAGGCCAACUUGUAUAGCUAUUCAUAAUGAGGAUAAUAUAUUCGCUUGUGGUAUCAAUAGUACCGCAGAAAAGAUAAAUCAUGGGUCUAAUAAUAAUUGUCGAAUCUUUGAAUAUUCAAAUGAAAACACUAAUGAGGAUGAUUAUCAGAAAGUUGCCGCCUUUACUCAAGAUGGCAAAUUAUUGGCUACCGGUGGUACAGAUAGUAAGUUGGCCGUUCUGAAGUAUCCUUCACUAGACGUUGCCUUUCCACCUGUAAAUUUUAGCAAACAGGAAAUAUACGAUUUGGAUUUCGAUUCAACCGGAAAUCAGGUAGUUAGAAUUGAUUGUAAAAUGUUUUUGUUAUCUUCUUUUGGUUGUUUCCGUGAAAUCCUUGAGAAUUCUUUUAACAAAAAAUGGGCAUGUCGAUUUGGUAAAGGAACAUCUGCUGGAUUUUUUUAUACUGUGGUCAAUAUGACUUCGAUAUCCAGAACAUUUCUUGUUAAAUGGAAUGCUACAACUUUUGAAAGGUGUUCAACAAAGGUUAUUGGUAAAAGACGAAUCACUACUUUUACAAUCAGUGAUAAUGGAAAAUUAUUGGGAUAUGGAGCGUCCGAUCAUAGUAUUGGAAUCUGCGAUUCACUAACGCUGAAGGUUCUUCUUAUAGUGCCUAAUGUGCAUGGGUUCCCACCCACCACUAUCGCAUUCAAUCAUGACUCAACUCUAGUUGUAAGCGGAUCGGCUGAUAAUUCCGUUCAUAUUAUACAGUUACCAGAAACAUUUAAUACCGGUGGACUUCAACUUAUUAUAAUUUUAAUUGUAACAUUGAUUGUUUUAUAUUAUAUUUUCUACCAAACUCUCUCGAACUUUUGA